AUGGCUUCUACACAGGAAGGCACGUCGAAAGUUUACGCCAUAACUAGAGAAGGUGAUGACUUUCUCCCCGAGAAUGCUGUCUGGACAUGUAAAUGGGGACCCAUCGAAGCCCAAUGCGGACACAUAAACGAUGAUAUAAGGAACAAGAAGUGCACAAAAUGUGGUUUUGCACGCUCUGCUUCAAUCGCACACGUCGGGAAGAGGCUUGACGAAGGGGUAAAGGGGAGGUGCUGGGAGAUUUGUGGUAUAGAGAACGAUGGGACUGAAGUCUGGACGUAUGACUUAUUCGUGCAAGAAAUGAAUUUUGGGCUUUACAUAUCAAUAAUUAAAUUGCCUUUUGGGAGGCUCUUUAGGUAA